GCCGCCUUGGUGAAAAGCGAGAAGAAGAUACAGAACAAUUGUUUACCAGUCUAGUGAUGCCAAUUACUGAGCAAAAGAAUCUACAAGGAUGUAUACAAGAAUUUUGUAAAGAGGAACUCUAUCGAAGAAACUUAAUUUCUUGUCGCUCGUGUUCUGGAGAAUGUACGAUGGGCAAAGAUAAAACUGUGACAACGAAAAGGAUGUUAUUUGCAACGCUCCCGGAGAUAUUGGUUUUUCAAAUGGGGAGAUUCGAAGAGCGCAAAAUGUCCACAUCUACCAAAAUACAGAAGAAGACAACCAACAUCACGUUUGCAAGGGAAAUAGAAAUGGAUGAGGAAUCAAGUCAAAGCCCUAAGCGAUACUGCCUGUACGGUGUGGUUAACCAUGGAGGAAGCAUUCACGGUGGACAUUACACGGCGUGCGUCAAAGUGUGUGGUAAUACCACGGAGACAUGGUACAACUGCAGUGAUGCCAACGUCAGGGUUACUUCGGAUCCUUCUUGUCAAUCAAGUGAAGCAGCAUAUUUACUCUUUUACCACAGAGUACCUCGUUCAUAAACAAAUUUGAUGACAUGGUACCUUAAGUGUUUGUAGCGAUACUCUUUACCAUUGACAGACAGUUUUUUGUAAACUAUUUUGUACAUCAAACAUUCCACUACUAUCGAUAAAUAGGCAUAAUCCUAUUACAAAUAUAACAAGAUUGAGACUUUGGUACUAAUAACAUUGUUCAGCUCGUGUGAUGUGACUGUUUGAAUGUUUAAACGCGUUUCGUUAGCUAAUAAAACACUUAAAGAG